AAAGAAACUUUCUGGGUGUGGCUUGGUGAGAGAAAAGAGAGGGAAUGGAAGAGGGAAAACAGGGUGAUGUGUGUGCUGUGAAUUCAAAGCUGGGUGGGUCUACACUGUUACACAUUCCCAAAUAACUCCCGUGCGUUAAAGCGCAUUAAGAAGGCAACGAUGUUGAUGCUUGCUGGAAUCGUUGUUCUGCACAUUACCACCAUCAUCCUGCUUCUGGUGGCCGCCAUUGAUAAUGCCUGGUGGAUCACUGAUACGGUGACAACUGACUUGUGGGGCAGGUGGGAGUUGACAAACUUAGGCUGGCAUUACACCAACCUGCAAGACUACCCAGAAGAAUAUCUCCAGACGGUGCAGGCCACCUCAGUGCUGGCCUGCAUUUUUGCCAUUCUGGCCUUGGUAGUGUUUGUGGCUCAGCUGUUCACCCUGCCCAAAGGCCAGAGGUUCACCUUCACCGGCAUUUUACAGCUAAUCGCCUGCCUGUGUAUAAUGAUAGCAGCCUCCAUCUACACGGCCGAGCUUCAAUUCAACAAAACGGGGGGAGGGUUUGGCCACUCCUAUGUCCUGGCCUGGAUCUCUUUUGUCCUCACCUUCAUCUUAGCGAUCACCUACCUCGUCCUGCGGAAGAAGAGCGAGUGAGAGGAUAAAAGGAAUGAGGGCAGGCCUGGGAUCAUGUUCCCAGUUUGAAUUUGGGAAAAAUGAAAGAGUAGGAUUUGUUUCAAAAAUUGGAGAAAAAAAAACUAAAGAUUGAUGAUCUACAUCUGCAGCUACGAAAAUGGGUGGGAGGGGAUAAUGUCCAAUUGCUUACAAGAGCCAUUUGUUUAUAUUUUGAAUAUUAUAAAUUGAAAUGGAGCUCAUGCUUACAUUACAUGAAGGGCGGAACUUGACAAUUUUACUUCAUAGAUUU